UCAGGUUCCUGAAGCUCUGGCUACUGCUCCUGGUAUUUUUAAUGACCGCAGUAGAGAAAAACAUUGGUAUCUUCUUGCCGUUGAUGAGCAAAUCUUUGGACCUAUCUCAUGGUGUCCUUAUUUGCAAAUUGGUGAACUGCCUGGCUUUGGCUGCCUUGCCGUUGUGGCUUUUAAUAACUACCCCUAUUUCUGGUGGCUGAGUCAAGUUUCCAAAAAGGAAGUCUUACCUGGAGAUCCUGUGAAGGAAUUCCUGACCAGCUUUUUAAUUUUCCAAAGACAGGCCUUAUUCGUGUUAAACACACACCCCUUCUCUGUGGCCAGGCCGGUGUGAAAGCGUGUGCAGAGGCUGUAUAGCAGUAAGAGUUCCCACCCCUUGGGGCAUUUUCAUUGUCACCACAUUGUCUGACUUUGGAGACGACCCCUUUUAAACUCUGGCAUUUGCUCAGGUCCACCUGGGCUUGCGAAGGCACAGAUUCCCCGUCCACAGCUCACGCCAGAUGCACCAGCAGGAGUCCACAUCGAGGAAGUCCUCCGGGCACUCCCACGACCAGUGACCAGGAGUUAAACUUUGGGAUGUGCCCGUGAUGUUGGACCACAAGGACUUAGAAGCCGAAAUCCACCCCUUGAAAAAUGAAGAAAGAAAAUCGCAGGAAAAUCUGGGAAAUCCAUCAAAAAAUGAGGAUAACGUGAAAAGCGCGCCUCCACAGUCCCGGCUCUCCCGGUGCCGAGCGGCGGCGUUUUUUCUUUCAUUGUUUCUCUGCCUUUUUGUGGUGUUCGUCGCCUCAUUCGUCAUCCCGUGUCCAGACCGGCCGGCGUCACAGCAAAUGUGGAGGAUAGACUACAGUGCCGCUGUUAUCUAUGACUUUCUGGCUGUGGACGAUAUAAACGGGGACAGGAUCCAAGAUGUUCUUUUUCUUUAUAAAAACACCAACAGCAGCAACAAUUUCAGCCGAUCCUGUGUGGACGAAGGCUUUUCCUCUCCCUGCACCUUUGCAGCUGCUGUGUCGGGGGCCAACGGCAGCACGCUCUGGGAGAGACCUGUGGCCCAAGACGUGGCCCUCGUGGAGUGUGCUGUGCCCCAGCCAAGAGGCAGUGAGGCACCUUCUGCCUGCAUCCUUGUGGGCAGACCCAGUUCUUUCAUUGCAGUCAACUUGUUCACAGGGGAAACCCUGUGGAACCACAGCAGCAGCUUCAGCGGGAAUGCGUCCGUCCUGAGCCCUCUGCUGCAGGUGCCCGAUGUGGACGGCGAUGGGGCCCCAGACCUGCUGGUUCUCACCCAGGAGCGGGAGGAGGUUAGUGGCCACCUCUACUCCGGCAGCACCGGGCACCAGAUUGGCCUCAGAGGCAGCCUUGGUGUGGACGGGGAAAGUGGCUUCCUCCUUCACGUCACCAGGACAGGUGCCCACUACAUCCUCUUUCCCUGCGCAAGCUCCCUCUGCGGCUGCUCUGUGAAGGGUCUCUACGAGAAGGUGACCGGGAGCGACGGCCCGUUCAAGAAUGACCCGCACUGGGAGAGCAUGCUCAAUGCCACCACCCGCAGGAUGCUUUCCCACAGCUCUGGAGCAGUGCGCUACCUGAUGCAUGUCCCAGGGAACGCCGGUGCAGAUGUGCUUCUUGUGGGCUCAGAGGCCUUCGUGCUGCUGGACGGGCAGGAGCUGACGCCUCGCUGGACACCCAAGGCAGCCCAUGUCCUGAGAAAACCCAUCUUCGGCCGCUACAAACCAGACACCUUGGCUGUAGUCGUUGAAAACGGAACUGGCACCGACAGACAGAUCCUGUUUCUGGACCUUGGCACUGGAGCCGUCCUGUGUAGCCUAGCCCUCCCGAGCCUCCCUGGGGGUCCACUGUCCGCCAGCCUGCCGACCGCAGACCACCGCUCAGCCUUCUUCUUCUGGGGCCUCCACGAGCUGGGGAGCACCAGCGAGACGGUACGGGGCCUCCACGAGCUAGGAAGCACCAGCGAGACGGAGACCGGGGAGGCCCGGCACAGCCUGUACAUGUUCCACCCCACCCUGCCGCGCGUGCUGCUGGAGCUGGCCAAUGUCUCUACCCACGUUGUCGCCUUCGACGCCGUCCUGUUUGAGCCAAGCCGCCACGCCGCCUACAUCCUUCUGACAGGCCCGGCAGACUCAGAGGCACCCGGCCUAGUCUCUGUGAUCAAGCACAAGGUGCGGGACCUUGUCCCAAGCAGCAGGGUGGUCCGCCUGGGUGAGGGUGGGCCAGACAGUGACCAGGCCAUCAGGGACCGGUUCUCCCGGCUGCGGUACCAGAGUGAGGCGUAGAGGCACGCCAGCCAGAGCCUGUGGAGAGACUCCGCCUGCUGACACUAAACGUCCUGGGAAGUGGGCCCUUCCCUGGGUCUCUGCACUGACUCCCCCACUCCUGACCCUGGUGAUGGUCGCCACUGGGCAGCAGCAGCCUUACCAGUCCUCCAUGAUCACACCCAGGGACCUGCAUGGGUGAGGGGACACCCUGGGCCUCUCUCCCGCCCAGCGUCCUCCCUGAGUCCCCACACAGGGCCUCACUCUGCACCCCACCAGGGUCCCGCUCACACCAGGCAGCCUUCAUAGUGGUCUCCCUGGCCACCUUGGGCAGAGCUGGGUCAUGCAGCACCCCAUCCUUACCCGGUGCCCUCUCCUUGCCAGCUUCUCCCCAGGCCAGAGCGGCCAUCGCGUAGAAAGAACCAGGGUGUCCCCGGGACAGGCCGUCCCCCACCCCAUCCUGUAGAAGUCCAUUCCCCUUUUCCCUCUUGUGCUCUGUCCCCCAAGGAGUCAUGGAACUCAGGGUACUGGGCCUCAACGGGAACCUGAGACAGCUCCAGCUUCGCAGCCCUUCCCGGAGCUACAGGGGGAUCCUCUAGCAUGGGGGGUGUGACUUGGUUCCUUUGACCAGGUCCUGUGAGGAACCCUGGAGCAAGGGUCUCCCCCAGCAGGAUGGGUGGGGCCUGCUCUGGAGCUGGGCCCGUGGCCGCUCACAGGUGUCCUUAGUGGUGUUGCAGCUGUCUACUGGCUGCAUGUGCUGUGAAUAUCCCAAGGAACUGGCUGUGGAAUGCGUGUUUGGGUCAGUCUGUGCCCUCUCAGUAGACACUGGAGCUGCUCUGUCCCUGAAGAGGCCCCGUGCCCCAGGCAUGGCAAGCGCCUGCCUCUCCCCUUCCGGUGCUCACACGCCCGCGCCGUGUCACCCGAUGCAGGACUCACCUCUGUGCCUUGCUGCUCCUGAGGCCCAAGGGCAGCCACGGUGCUCUGUACUGCUCGGGCCGCCCAGGUCACAGAGCCUGAGCUUCGUAGCCAAAGCAGCCUGAUGACCCACCCACCAAGGAAGAAAGCAGAAUAAACAUUUUUGCACUGCCUGAAAAA